AUGGUCGAGUCCGUCCUGCGUCACCAUGGCUUCAGGACAGGCUUGUACACCUCGCCACACCUGCUGGAAGUCACGGAGCGGGUGAGAUGCGACGGUAAACCCCUCACCAAGGAGGCAUUCGCGAGGUAUUUCUUUCAGGUGUGGGACCGGCUGCAGGACCCGGCCGCUCGCACCAACACCGACGACGCAACGGCCGCCGCCGUCGCCGCCACCGGCACCACCGGUAUUACCGCCGCUGCUUCCGAAGGGCCAAGCCAGGCGAAGCAAGGGCCGACCGCCCCCGAGGAGGAGGGGACGACCGCGCCGGAGAUGCCGACGUACUUCCAUCUGUUGACCCUGGUGGGGCUCUGGUGCUUCGUGCAGGAGGGAGUGGACGUUUGCGUGCUGGAGGUGGGCAUGGGCGGGAGGUUUGACGCCACCAACGUCGUGCCCUCGCCGGUGGCUUGCGGGGUGGCUAUGCUCGACCUGGACCACACACAGGUCCUCGGUGAUACACUGGACAAAAUCGCCUGGGAAAAGGGUGGCAUUUUCAAGGAGGGCUGCCGCGCCAUGGCGGUGGAGCAACCCAGGGGUGGCAUGUCGGUGCUUCGCGAGGCAAGCCCGAAAUGCGCUGCAGCAGCCGGCUGCAGCGAGCUUGAGGUGGUCAAGCCGCUCCCCGCUCGCGACCCGUGCGGCCGCGCCUACGAGAUCGGCCUGGCCGGUGACCACCAGCGGGUCAACGCCGCUCUAGCCCUGCGCUUGUGCGACGUCUGGAUCGAGGCUCAUCGCCAGCAGCAGCAGCAGCAACAUGCAGGAGAUCAGGCUCCGCCUCCGGAGAAAAUUCGCGAAACCGAGGCGUUCUGGGCAUCGGCAGAGGUGCACCGAGGACUGUCGUGCUGCGUUUGGCCGGGACGCUGUCAGGUGUUUCGACCCCCCGCCUUCCCGUCGGUGACGAUACACCUGGACGGGGCGCACACGGAACAGAGCAUGCGCGCUUGCCUGGGAUGGUUCGUCGAAAAGGGCGAUGAGGUCGCUUCGAGCCGGGCGGCCGUGGCGGUAGCCGUGACACCGCGCGACAUCCCACGGUCAUCGCCACCCCCCCCACCGCCACAACUUGAGCUCAGACGGCAGAAGAGACGAUGCCGGCGCGUGCUCUGGUUCAACGCUUCUCACGAGCGCGACGUCGUGCCUCUCUUGGACAUGCUGGCGUCGGCACGACGACGAGAAGCACGCAACGGGUCAAGCGGCAACGCCACCAACGCCACCAACAAAGCCGAUGACGACGAUGCUGACGGUGACACGCCGUUGUUUGAAGAGGCGUGGUUCAUGGAGGUAAAUACAGGGCGGCCGUCGCGGUUCAAGCUCCCCACAGCGCAAGAAAUCCUGGCUUCUCACGGCAUGUUCCCCGCUGUUGCAGCUGCCGCUGCUACCCCCCCCGGGAUGGCAGGGGCGUCUGGUGUUGGCUCUGGGCCCUCUUCCGAUGACCCGAGCGGAGAGGAGCCGUCGGGGGGCGCGGCGCCGGGGUGCGGCGAAGAGAAGGCGGACGGUGCGGGGGCUGGGAGCGGGGCUGGGGCUUGGCAGCGGACCCUGGAACAGGGUUAUGGGUGGCCGCUUUGCCACGGUGCGGCGUAUUCUAUUGAACCGGUCCGGUCCUGA